AUGUCUGUGCCCAGCUUCGAGGAUCUCUUCGGGUCAUGUACACUGGAGGUGAUAGCUCCAGAUACCUCCAUAAAUCUUCCCGAGCCAGGAGCUGCCGAUGACUGGUUAGUUGCGCUCAAAUCACCUGGUAUUGAAAGAAGACAAGCGUUCUUCGAUGCUCACCAAAUGGUCUAUUCAGACGAGCAACUACACCUUUUCUUGAUUGUGCAGAUACCCUGUCCAUCUGCGGACGUUGAUCCCAAGGAUCCACCUACAUUCCUUCUCGAUUUUCUUGCCCAUGUGCAGGUAUCGCUUGAAGCCACUUAUAUCUCGCAAACACCUACAACUCUCCCUGAAACCCCCCAGACUGCCCGAGUCCUUGCUCCACCACGCACUUCAUCUGUAGCUAAACCUCGGCCUACUUCUCUUCAUCCUUCCUUGUUCCCUCCACAUACACCAAAUCCUACACCGUCUUCUACGGAGAAGGACCGCAAGUACGCACAAUCCGAAGGAACUCUUCUUGUUGCUAGUAUAUGGGGUCACAGGCCCGCGGGUUUGUCCAAAGAGAAGUUUUCUCUUUUGUAUUCAGAGGCAAAGAAAGCUUGGUUGGCUGUAUAUGAACUCUCCUUGACCGUGUCGUUUCUUCGCCUCUCGUUCUUGGAUCCUCUUCUGUCCUUGACCGUGUCAACUACAUUACGAGAAAAGGCGGUUUCACUGUCACAAGCAAACCAUCCAUUUGUCAUAUUUAUGUCGGAAAGCGGCAUUCUUGCUAAGCUUUCUGCUUCUGGCAUAAGCUCAUUCGCGAAGCAGCAAAACCAGGAGACAAAUAAUGUCGGGGAGGAUGAUGAGACCGGACUUGAGGAAGUCAAUCUACUAGAAGGUCUUUCAGCUGGAUUCAAUGUUACGCCUGGCUCGGAACCACUUUGGCUUCCCUCCACUCGCUUGGGAAAUGUCAUGCGUCGAGAGCUAUUCUCUCUCCUACCUGUGCAACCGUCAUCUUCCCAACCACUUAUGUCAAGCCCUAAGCGUCCACCUAAUGCCACUUUACGGAAAUCAUUUCGCAAAAUUCUCCAGACAGUCUCUGGCUUUCGGGUGAGGAUGCGAACCGUUUUUGUUCCCCACAUCCUCUUUCCGGAAAUGAAUUCAAGGACUGGCUUAAAUGACGAUGAUAGCGAUGCGCAGGAACGAGAGGCAGGGAACAACGAACGUACCGUUGUUCUCUGUGUUGAAGUCGAGAAUUCUGGAGAAUCAGGCUCAGGUGUUGGUUUCUCAGUGGAAAGGUGGAGACUGCACACUUUCCCACUUCUGAUUGGGUCUAUGGAACAGUACAAUCUGUUAUACGCUGUUUCAUUCCUCAAGCCUUCUGCAGACUCAGAUUUCUCGCUGGUCGGCCGGCGGUCUGGUGCCGUCCCUGCAAACUCAGAUCUGCAGCGGGCAGUAGCAAUCAAUAUCUAUGGCAAACCUUAUUUGUCGAAGACAGGUGGUGAGCAUGACUCCGAGGACAGUGAUGGUCCUACCUUGACCUACCCAACACAUACAUUUUCCUCUCGGUGGAACUGUAUCCUGGAUCUUUCUUCGAAGCCACAAGAAGAACCUCUUGACUGUAGUGCUCGUAGUGUAUUACCAGAGCCUGCGUCUCCCUUCCCAGGGCAAGCGGCUCUGGCAUCUGCGAUCCCGAAAAUGCAAUCUACUGGGAACAAACAACAUACCCUUCCAAACAAUAUCACAGCUAUACGGGCGAUCAACCCGAAUGCUAACUUUCGCCCGAUGCCAUAUCGCGACCAGUCUUCCGCCUCACCCAUCCUUUCUAACAAACAAUACACACCUCCCUCUAUUACUGUACAAAGUUUCUCAAAGUCUCCCCCCACUACAUACGGCAUUCCACCUCCGACCACGCCCCUAUUAGGCGUCACUAUACCCAACGGCGGCCCACAUGGUUCAUCAGAUUCUCAAACAUUCGUGACGCCGCCAACACCUGCGUACCCUGCAUUCCCUGCAGCUACUGCUCCAGCAACUUCUCACUUCCAAACGCCACUGAUUAAUCAUCAAGGGGCGCCUGGGCCAAGUGUCGAAAUCCGCAGGGAGCGUGGUCUCGGAAUGACGGGAGCUGCGCCCCAAACUCCUGGACCAACUAUCGUCGGUGGUACAAUCGAUCCCACUCGAGAUACCCCAGUUACUGGUGGAGAGCCUAUCAUCGUCUCCAUCGGCUUGCUCCCACCUCCUUCGAGUUCCGCUGCAUCUAGGAAAUUAUACACGUGCGAUCAGUUCACGCUUGACAUCUUCGUGUUCAACCAGAGCUCGUGGACCAGAAGGUUCGAAAUCAGCUGCCCGGAUCCAGAUCGUAGACGUAGACGGAAGACCGAGCAGGAGAAAGCUGCGCGGGGCGGCAAGACGACUAUCGAGGAGUUACAGAGUGUGAUGAUGCCUCCUGGAAUACUCCCGUUGCAAAACCGCGUGCGAGUUGGGCCGCUGCGUCCAUCUACCUGCCAGUCAGUCAGGAUGGACUUCCUUGCAAUGACUCCUGGCGUGCAUUCGGUCGAGAUUCUUAGUCUCACAGAUAUUGAAACGGGUUUCUCCAUGGAUCUACGGUAA